CAACCAUACAACAUGGUUAUCUGAGUGUGGGUGGAAACUUCUCUCUGACGAAUAGAGCAAACCUUCAGUCGACUCUUAUAGUGUUUAAUACACUGGAGUUCUUCGCGAUCUGUGACUUUACUGUUCAUUCAGUUAGUUAUGCUGAGGAUUCAGUGAUUCACUGCUGAAGUUUUGGCCUGCACCUCUGGACUUCUAAACGACGAAGGAUACAGGAGGAUAACCAUGCUGCAGCAGAUUCUCAAAGACAUGUACAUCGAGCCGGAGCUGCUGGCCGAGCUGAACGAAGAGCAGAAGCAGGUUCUCUUCAUUAAAAUGAGAGAAGAACAGGUCCGCAGGUGGAAGGAGAGAGAAGCACGGCUUGAGAAGGAGGAGGCUAAAACGAUGAAGCCCAAAAAAGUCUCAGUGAAGACCGUAUCUUGGAUGAAGGCAUCUGACAGUGACGUGUGGGUGUGGGUGAUGGGAGAACAUCCUGAUGACAAACCUUAUGAUCAAAUCUGUGAUGAGAUCAUGGCUGAAAGGGCGGCACUACAGGCCCAGAAAGAGGCGGAAGAGCUCAGGGCCAAGAAAGAAGCUGAACUGGAGAAAAGGUUCUCUGGGAUCUAUAUAGAGAAGGAUGAAGUUGCCAGGCAGGAAGAAGCCCGAAAGGCAGCUGCCUUGGAGAAGAGCCGGCAGGAAGACUUGAAGGUCAUAAGGCGGGAGGAGGAGGAAAGACGAAAAGCCGAGGAGGAGGUCAGGAGGCUAAAGGAGGAAAGGGCGCAGCAGAUAUAUAUGAACCUUAAGAAAGUAGAGACGCACCAGAAAAGCCAAGACAAAGAGGAACAAGCCUGGCAGGAUUCAUUGCGGAAAUCUAAAGCAGCUGACCAGCGGAGACGUUCUCUGGCCAAGCAGACUAGGGAGGAUCACCGCAGGCGUUCUAUAAAGGCACUGGAGAGCGGUCGAGUGGCAGCCAUGACCAAAGCCUUUGGAGAAGAAAAACCGGCUCUUCCACCUAAACCCAAACCCAGAAACCUCACUCUCACUUGUGAGCCUAUUCACAGGAGGACCGGUGUGCGUCGUUCACUGUCAUCGUCCAGCCAGAAGGAUAUUAUCCGCUGGUUCAAAGAGGAACAGUUGUCCCUCAGAGUUUGUUUCCAAGACAACGACAGCCGCAUCGCUCCCUGGUUCCACGGUAUAAUCUCGUGCCAGGAGGCUGAGGAUUUGCUGAGCAAAGGCGGCUCUGGAAGUUUCCUGGUCCGUGUUAGCGAAAGGCUCUUCGGAUAUGUUUUGUCUUACAAAAGCCCAGACGGAUUCAAGCACUUCCUUAUUGAUGCUACAGACAACUGCUACAUGCUGCUAGGAGACCAGAUCAAGUUUGCAUCUCUGGGAGAGCUGUUGCAGUACCAUAAGGAAGAGCCCUUAACACCAUCUGGAGGUGAGCUGCUUCUGCAUGCGUGUGGACAAAAACCAGGCACUCUGGAUUAUGCCGAACUCUUCACCUGAAGCCUGCAGCUGUGUGGGUCACUGAGCCGUGGUGCAGGAGAAUUAAAUGCACAUUGAGGCUGUUAUGAGUUUUCUGCACACAUCUGAAAACUACAAGCAUUGAGGGCUGUAUGUUGAACAAGCCUGAAGAGGGCAGUUAAGCUACAGUAUGCAAUCAUUCAUUAAUGAAGGAACGUCCAUGCAAAAAAUUCAUUUCUGCCCAGAGGCCAUGAGAUAUGAAGGCACAAUAUGCACUUUUGCAAUAUUUAGAGACAAGAUAAGAAUAAGCUGUGCCACUCAUGUGGUAUGUGUUCAAGCAAGCUGCUAAGUCAUUUUAUAUAUUUUAUGGGGAGCAGUUUUCAAAAAUAAAAAAGUUUUCAAAAA